AUCCAACCGCGCCCGCUAUCCGCUUCACGCUUCACGCUACAGCCUGCGCUAUACCCAUCUCACCAAACACACCAAACAUCCAAUAUACCACACCUUCUCCACUCGGCCAUCAUCCCCCACUACGCGAGCGCGACGUUGCUUCGAUUCCCUAUUACCUCAGGCUCUCUCUCGCCGCGCCAGCCACGGUCUUGUCCCCUAACGACGGCCUCUCCCACCUCCGUCCACCACCCCCCCCGGUCUGUCUCCUGCCUGCCCGCUGCCCUUCCCAGGAAGUCUACCUCGUUUUCGUCACAAGCCUCGCGCACCGGUCGCGUUGUCUAAGACCCUCGUCUGACAUCUGUCAUUGGACGUUGUCUAUCAAACUGCGGAGCCCGCCUUGGGAGAUCAUCUGCACGAAAUCCUCCGUUGCCGUGGUGCAGCCUGCUCCCUCUGUCCUACUCCGUCAUCGACAUAUCCCUCACAAGCUCACAAGCCACACCUGCCCGCAUCUGUCCACUCACACACCCGCACCCCUACACACUUAGCUUCGACCUUGUCGGGUUUAAGCUGGACGCGAACGAUUUCGCCUGCUGAGCUUAGGUGCUUUCCGCAUUUCCCAGGUUCGCAUAUCUCUGUGUCGCCUGCUGCGGCUUCUCUAAAAGCUUCUUCGGCGCUGUUGUAUUCCGUUGUGCUGCCCUCACCAGCUCCUACCCACCCCAUCUCUGUGCACAAAACCGGUCUUUAGCCGAGCAAGCCAUCCUGCAUCUCGUGUCCUUGACUAGAAACACUCGGCUGGACCAUCGACAUGGCGUCUGCCUCAUUUCGGGACUCGAUGAACUCGUUGGGCUGGAGUCGAAGAGAUGAGGACAUUCCUGUGAACACUGCGCCGCCCACCAUCAUGGGCAGGCUUCAAAACAUGAACCCUUUCGGAUCCGGAGGCUAUGUUAGGCUUCCAACCAACGAGGGGCCCGGGGCACCUCUCCCGGCGCCCAGCAGAAGAGAGGAAGAAGAAGGGUGGUUUGCGCGUAAGUUCUCUUAUCUUUUCAUCCCUGAUUCCUUCCGGUGGCGAGCACUGUCAAAGCUCUCUUUUCUUCACUGCCUCCUUCUUCUCGAGACCCUGUGGCUUUCUCCUACACACCUAUGCAGGGCAGAGAACGAAGAUCUCGAUCUUCUAUAUAUGCUCAACGCCAUAGAGAUCCUCGUGACUGUACCCAGAGCUGUUGCAUGA